AAGCAAUCCAAGAAGAAGGAAGGAUGGUGAGACUUUCCGUGAAGUUAUUCCCAAAAAAAAUUAAUUAUUUGUAAUUAGGAAUACUCUUUGAAAUUGAAAUGCAUUAUUUUAUUUAAUCAUUUCUGUCCAAAUUAAACACCUUUAUAUAUAGCUUAAUGUCAUUCGUAUUCAUAAAGUCUUACAGUUACGAAUUGAAGCAAUAAACAUUAACAAGUUCAAACCAAAACCAAUGUUGAUUCCUCUCUUCCUUUACAUCCUAUGCUUCUUGUUGUUCCCUCAGUCCCUACAAUCACAAGCAAAUGCUUUUUCUCGUCAACCUUCUGGGAAAUUCAUCUUCACUCAUCAUGAACGCUCAGAUUCUGACCCUCAACAGGUGCACAUUUCGUUGGUAGGGAAAGAUCAUAUGAGAGUAUCAUGGAUAACUGAAGAAAAAGACUCAGAAUCUUUGGUAGAGUAUGGAAUAAAAGGAGGUGAAUAUAGCAAAAAAGCAAUUGGUGAAAACACCUCGUACCGUUAUUUCUUGUACAAAUCAGGCAAGAUCCAUCAUGUGGUAAUUGGGCCUCUAAAUCCAAGCACUACUUACUUCUACAGAUGUGGAGGAUCAGGUCCUGAGUUUUCUUUCAAGACACCUCCACUCAAGUUGCCUAUUGAAUUUGUGAUUGUGGGAGACUUGGGACAAACGGAAUGGACAAAAUCAACCUUAAAACACAUUGAUAGCAAAGACUACGACGUAUUUUUGUUACCCGGAGAUCUAUCUUAUGCCGAUACCCAUCAACCACUUUGGGACUCAUUCGGUCGUUUGGUGGAACCCUACGCAAGCCAGAGGCCGUGGAUGGUUACCGAAGGCAACCAUGAGAUUGAGAGUAUCCCUAUUAUCCAACCACAUGCCUUCAGAUCCUACAAUGCUCGUUGGCUCAUGCCCUACAAUGAGAGUGGCUCUACCUCAAACCUCUACUACUCAUUUGAAGUUGCAAGCACUCAUAUCAUCAUGUUGGGUUCUUACACUGAUUUUGAUGCACAGUCCGAACAAUAUAAAUGGCUUCAAUCUGACCUAGCUAAGAUUGAUAGGAAGAGAACACCUUGGGUGAUUGCCUUGGUACAUGCACCUUGGUAUAAUACUAAUGAGGCACAUGAAGGUGAAGGUGAAGAAAUGAGACAGGCCAUGGAAGAAUUGCUUUAUGAGGCUCGUGUUGACUUGGUUUUUUCAGGGCAUGUCCAUGCAUACGAACGCUUUACUAGAAUCUAUGACAAUAAGGCUGAUCCAUGUGGUCCGUUGUACGUGACAAUUGGUGAUGGAGGAAACCGUGAAGGACUUGCAUUAAAGUUUAAGAAGCCUCCAAGUCCACUCUCAUUGUAUAGAGAGGCAAGCUUUGGUCAUGGAAGGUUGAGAAUAGUGAACGAAACACAUGCAAAUUGGUCAUGGCAUCGUAACAAUGAUAGUGAAGCAUUUGUAGCUGAAGAUAUAUGGAUCAAGAGUUUGAGCAACACAAAAGAAUGUUGGGAGAGCAUAGGGCAACAAAUUUCUCAUGAAGAGCUCUAAGAUAUAGAAAAGAUAUAGAAGCUUCAUUUAUUAGUUUGUAGUUGAUUUAUUCAUAUUGAAGAGAUUAAUUUCUUCUACUCACUCACAUUGUAAAACUUUUUCCAACUACAUGUGCAAUAAAGUUUUACAUGUUGAAUGCAAAUUAAAUUUUAUAUUUAA